AUGUCGUUUCCGUUCCUGUCGGGUAAGGCAUCUGCAUCUGGCUCCCAGGAGUCACGUUCCAGCAAUGAAGACACUCCGCAGCAGAAAGUCGCCCCGGGGGUUGUUCUGGACAAGGACGGGAAGCCAUGUCGCACGUGUACCUCGUCCGCUGCAUGGCUUGCCAUGAUGAAGUCCAGUGGCAAGAAGCCCAAGGCCGCCGCCGCCGCAGCGCCAGUUGCUCCGCGAUCAGACUGUCCUCCCGACGUCGAUGAACUCGGCCGCUCCACCUGGACGCUCCUCCACAGCAUGGCUGCCACGUACCCUGAAGUCGCGCCGCCCGAGACACAAUCCAUCAUGAAGCAGUUCAUCUCCACGUUCUCCCAGCUCUACCCGUGUUAUGUCUGCGCGGAGGAUUUUCAAGACUGGUUGGUCCAGCCUGGGAAUGAGCCCCGGGUCAAAGGCCAAGGUGAACUGGGCAUGUGGGCUUGUCGUGCGCACAAUGCCGUCAAUGUCAAAUUGGGAAAGCCCGAAUUUGAUUGCAGUCUCUGGAAGGAGAGAUGGAAAGAUGGCUGGAAGGACGGGCGAUGUGAUUGA